AUGCUUAGUUCAUUUAUCAGUUUAUUUGUUUUCUUUGCUAUCACUCAAUUCAGUCAUCAUACCGUUGUCAUAUUUGUAGCCCACCUAAAGUAUUUUUUUGGGUCUUUUUGGGCAUGGCACGAUUUAAGAAGUUUCCUCAUCACACUGACAGUGUUCACAUCGUUCUGGUCGCUGCUAACAACGGCAUUGAUUCAAUUUAAAUGGUAUGUGGAAACGCUUGGUAUGGUUUCCUUGCUUGUUGAAGCCAGCUUGGGAGCUCCUCAACUGGUUCGAAAUUGGCAGAGGAAGUCCACCCAGGGAAUGAGCAUUCCAAUGGUGUUGGCGUGGCUUUGCGGAGAUCUGGCAAAGACCGCAUAUUUCGUGGCUACAGGUAGUCCGUUACAAUUCUGGGUCUGUGCUAUAUUGCAGAUCUCAAUCGACAUAUUCAUUCUCGGCCAAGUACUUGUGUACCGGAACAACAGCGGUGCAUCUGAACUACCUUAUAAUUCUAAUUCGCCACCACAUUCAGUCAUCGACUGA